AUGCCCAUAUCCUUCCAGAUCUCGUGGUGGCGAGCUCAGGCCAUCCGCUUCCUCCUGCGAUGGCCGUCGCUGUACCUCUGCCACCUCACCAACAUUGCACGGCACAGGGCCUUUGGCCGGGAUGCUGCCAUCAGAAUUACAGAAGCUGGCUUUGCUCAGGCUGUAACAGAGGACGGCUUAUCCUCCUUCGAUUCUGCCCUCGCAUCUCCAUCGUUUGACAAUCGGAGGGCGAAUGAGACUCUUGUACAUGACAUGGCGAUGCAGGAUUGGUUGGGAGAGGAGCUGUUUGUUCCAAGGCCAAUGUUGCACAUGCAUGUGCGUCAGGGAGAUAAGAUCCAGCUGGGAAAGGCGGAGUCGGUUGCUACAUGGAUGAGGGCUGCCAUGCUGCUGAGGGUGCAUGACCCAUCGCUGCACCGCAUGUGGAUUUCAACGGAUACACAGGAGUCUAGCCUAGUGAACCUCAUGCUGGCAGCAGAGUGUGACUACUCUGUCACAACGCUCGAUAGUAACUGGAAUAGGGUCAUACACUCUAUGCGUAUCACAGGUGGUAGGGCCAAUAGCCCAGCUCCGUCUGUUUCAAUCUCCUCGUGCGUGCUGUCCCUUUCCCCCAUUUCUUCCUGCCCUGCCCUCCCUUUCCCCUUCUCCCUUUACACCAUUCCUCCCUUUCCACCUUUCCUCCCUUUCCUCAAUUUCCUCCCUUUCCCCCGUUCCCCAUGCAUCAAGCUAGACGAUGACGAUGACGGCCACCCUCUAGAGAUCGGCGAGCCAACGGACGUGAAGCACGUGGCGCACGUCACGUUCGACCGCUUUAAGGGCUUCCUGGGUCUCCCGGAAGACAUCGAGGGCGAGCUGCCGUGCCGCGCGCCCAGUGCGGGGCGGUCCGUGUUCGGCGUGCAGCCGGAACUGCUGCAGUGCUCACAGGACGAGUUCGGCAACAGCGUGCCCAACAUCCUGCUGCAGCUGCAGGCGCUGCUAUACGUCAAAAAGGGCCUCCAGACGGAGGGCAUAUUCCGCGUGGCGGCGGAGAACGACCACGAGGACGAGAUCAGGGAUCAGGUCAACAUGGGGCUCGUGCCGCAGAGCAUCAACGUGCACGCGCUCGCGGGGUUGAUCAAGGCGUGGUUCCGCGAGCUGCCUCAGGGGUUGCUGGACUCGUUGCCGGUGGAGGUUGUGGCGGCGUGCGAGACGGAGGAGCAGAUGCUGGCGCUGGUGGCGCUGGUGGCGGAGCUGCCCGAGACGCAGAGGAUGCCCUCGGCUUGCCUGUCCGUACACCUCUCCCCUCUCACCUUCCCAACCCAACCCCCCCCCCCCCCCCCCCCCCCCCCCCCCCCCUCCCGCCCCCUCACCCGCUUUCCUCCCCUCUCCCCCUCGCGCCAGGCGUGGUUCCGCGAGUUACCACAAGGGUUGCUGGACUCGUUACCAGUGGAGGUGGUGGCGGCGUGCGAGACGGAGGAGCAGAUGCUGGCGCUGGUGGCGGAGCUGCCGGAGACGCAGAGCAUGCUGCUGGACUGGGUGGUGGGGCUCAUGGCGGACGUGGUGCAGUUCGAGGAGCGCAACAAGAUGAACGCGCGGAACAUUGCCAUGGUGUUCGCGCCCAACAUGACUCAGGUACUCGAUCCUAUUAUGGCAUUGAGACACGCAGUGAAGGUGAUGGACUUACUACACGCAGUGAAGGUGAUGGACCUGUUGCGAGUGCUCAUCGAGAGGAAGCAGCAGGAGCCUCUGAGGGAGGGCGGUAGCGCGGCGCUCAAGUCCUUUGUGUACUGCACGCAGCCACCCACCAUUGAGAUCUUCGAGGAGCCCCGGCAGAGAAGUAAGGAGAGACAAGGGUGCGGCGGGGAAGGGGAGGAAGCGGGGGGGGGGGCGGGGGAGGCGGAGGAGGGUGAGGGGGAUUGCGCGGAUAAGGAUGAGCUGCUGGCGCGGAUGGGGGGGGAGGGGGAGGAGGCGGAGCUAGAUGCGCGGGGAGGGGAGGAGGGGGACGUGGUGAUGGGGGAAAACGGGGAGGCAGGUGCGCAGGGAGGAGAAGAAAGAGGGUCUGCAGCAGGGCAGGUCAAUGGGAGCGAAGGGAGAGAAGGGGAAGGGGUAGGAGAGGCCGAGGACACGAGCACAGCAGCAGCUGGGGCAGGGGAAGCGGGCCUUAACCCGAGCAGCAUCAGCAGCGGCAGCCCGUUUGAUGCUUCCUGUAGUUCCCUACCAGGCUGGUCGCCACAGGACAGUCAAGCAAGUCAACUGAGCCACGCCUCACAGGACGACAGCAACAGCAUCUCCCUUCCGCACCUGCCUAGAAUCGCCAGCGACAGCCCCGUGCAUCCCAGCAGCGGAUUAGCCGGCACAGUAGACCCUAAGGAGCUCAGUCGAAGGGUAGCCAGCGGCCCUCUGCAGGUGUCAGCAGCAGCAGCAGAGCGGUGGAGGAAGAGGAGAGAACCCAAACCCGCACCACACCACACAAGAAUGGCUUCCCAUGAUGGCCCUGUAGGCAGAGACGUGCCUCCCUCGCCUGGGUUCUUCCGGAGUGGCAAGAACGCGCCUCAGUCCGACCCCACAGCCAAGGAGCGCCGCGCUUCUCGGAUCGGAGUCCCCACGAAGAUGUUUUUUCGGAGGAAUCUGUCGGAGGGCGGGCCGGCGUUUGGCCGGGACUGGGAUGCAGAGCGGCGGAAGAUUGCAGCAGAGGAUGCAGGAGCAGCUGGGGGUGCUGGAGGGACGGGGGUUCUGGAUGGGGGGGAUGUGGCGGAAGGGAGGGAGGGCGAGGGGGAGGAUGAGGUGGGGGCAGGGGAGAUGGAGUUACGGGGUGCAGAGGAGGGCGUAGGGUCAGGGCCAAGCGUGGAAGGCCAGCAGAGGGCUGGCUCGUCUGGUGCUCGGGGUGCUAAGAAGCUACUGCACAAGUUUGGGACAGGUCUCAAGGUAGUAACACCUGGUGGGGGGGGCUCUGGGGGUGGCUCUAGUGGGGAAGCGUCGUCGCCCCGCGGGCAGCUGUUGCGAAGAUCAUUUAGCUCCAAGGGGUCGGGGUUAGGCCCUGCUGCUGAUAAGCUAUCAGCGGUGGCAGCUUCUGUGUCGACAGGAGGGGUGCCGCUGCCUGUCCCAGAUAGGCCUUCCCGGGUUCUACCUCCCACGCCUCGCAUGGGAAGCAUGCUAGAGAAGCCAGUGAGGAAUGUGGAGAAGGCUACUAGAGGGGUGGGGAAGCUUGCGAGAAGCUUCUCAGGGAAUAUUGACGGGCACUGGGGUGCUAUCAAGCGGGAGAUGGGGUUGGCAGUGCGCGGUAAGGGGCGGAGUAGUUUGUCUGUUAAUGUGGCAGGCCCGGUCUUGUCGGCACCAGGUGGAGUGGAUUCGGCAGGGGCGGGCGGGUUAAGGGAGGAGAGAAGUGAUGGUGGUGGGGCAGAGAGACUGUGGGAAGCUACUGGGCAGGUUGGGGAGGGGCAGGAGAUUCUAGAUGGGGUUAUGGAGCAUGGGGCCGAGGCUACUGUAGAAGCUGUAGAUGCCGUAGAUGCUAUAGAUUCUGUAGAUGUGGGCAUGGAUGUAGGGUUUAUGGGAAGGGAUGGUGGAGGAGGGGAUGCAGCUGUUGAUAUGGAGGGAGGGGAAAUGGCAGUUGAUGUUGUCGUUUGCACGACUCCUGGUCGAAGGGAGGAGGGAGGUUUUGGGUCGGAUGAAGAUGUGACAAUGGAGGGAGCUGAGGAGGGCGGCAUGAAGCUAAGGGAUGAUGAUGAAAGUGGGGAUGUUGGGAAAGGGUCUUGGGAGGGAGAGAGUGGGGAGUCCGAGUUUAGCUAUGGUGCUGUAGGAACGUGGUGA